CCAUCCUUCCGUCCUUCCUUCCCGACACCCCAGAUCUCAAAAAAAAAAAAAAUUUUUUUGCAAAUGUUUCAAAUGUUGUUGUUGUUUUUUUGCCUAACACUGGCCAGUCUGACGUGUGAAAUAGGUCCAGCGCAGGUGAGUUCGAUGUGCAAUCGGGGGUUUGAGCUGCGGUCCAUUCGCCCAUCUCCAGCCUUGGUGGGUUGUGUGUGUGUUUUUUUUGGCCCCAUCUGCCACCUCCUUGACAUUGCGCGGUAGCCCCGCUACGUGUCGCUGCAGCGCCUGUGCGCGCGUGUGCGUGUGUGUGUGUGAGAGGGAGAGAGGGAGGGUUCCUGUGUGUCGAGUCCCUGCAGUGCACACAGAUGGUAACUGCUGUAGUGGAGGCUGGAAACCCCGAGAAAAGAGAAGAAGCGGAAGACUUGAACUUGGACAGGAUGGAAGCCGGCACGUCUGGAGAGAGCGCGCCUGGGAUUAACCAUUUGUUCAUAGCAUCCAGUGGAGAGUAUUGCAUUAAAGUCUAUGAUGACGAAUCAGAAAGGUACUCCGUAUUACAGGUAUCUGAUGACGAAUCGGACAUCACUGAUAUCUCAACAGAGGAUCCGGACUCUGAACUAAAUGACACUGGAUCCAGUGAUCAAGGUUGGAGCAACAGCUUCACUCCAAUCCAGAUCAAUGACUUCUGUGGAGAAGCAGGAGUGUUGUUCCCUCGAGAUUUCGAUAUCUCCGAAGCAACCCCGCUGGAUUAUUUCAGCCUCUUCCUACAUUCCAACUUGUUCAGCGAUUUUGUGGAGCACACAAAUAGCUAUGCCAGAUGGAAAAUGGGGCAUGAGGGGGCAGCAGAUGCCAGGUGGGUGGAUGUCAGCGAGGUUGAAAUGAGAUGCUACAUUGGCCUCAAUGUACUGAUGGGAAUUAAUCAGCUGCCGAACUAUAAACUGUACUGGAGCCGGGACAACUUGUUUGGAAAUGAUGGGGUGAAGAGUAUCAUGACCUGCAAUCGUUACGAAAAAUUAACUGAAUACUUUCACGUGAGUGACAGGCUGUAUGACACCAGUGGACAUGACUCGAACUUUGAUGCCCUGUACAAAGCACGGCCGCUUCUUGACACAGUUCGCGCCAGCUUCAAAAAGCUGUAUCGGCCGUCCAGGUACCUAAGUGUAGACGAGGCAAUGAUUGCAAUGAAUGGUAAACUGACGUUCAAGCAGCACAUGCCUCCGAAGCUCAACAAAGGGGGGGUUAAAGUGUGGAUGCUGUCGGAUGCUGAGAAUGCCUACCUGCUUGAUUUUGAAGUCUUUCAUGGGCGGCGCGGCGUUAAGACCUCAAAGAACGGACUCAGGUACGAAGCUGUCAGAAAAUUAACCAAAGAGCUCGAAGGCCAAAAUCACUGUGUGUUUUUUGACAGCUUUUUCACGUGUGAGAAAUUGAUGAUGGACCUGCUGGAUGCUGGGAUAUAUUCUUGCGGGAUGGCUCAACCCAACCACAAGGGUUCCCCAAGGAUCUCCAGCAGCUCACCAAAAUGAAAAGAGGCGAGUAUCGAGUGCAACAGAAAGGGCACUUAACAGCAAUACUAUGGCAAGAUACCAAGCAAGUGGCGAUGAUGAGCACUCUGAGUGACCCAAUGGAGGAGAUGUUGAUCCAGCGAAGGCAGGGGCAGGAGGUGAUUGAAGUCAGGCAACCUCACUCAAUCUAUGUCUUCAACAAGUAUAUGAAUGGAGUGGACAGGUAUGGACCUCUGCGUGCCCACUACCAGGUUGGAAGACCAGGCAAAGAACACUGGAAAAACAUCACCUGGUUCGUGAUCAACUGUGCCAUCCUGAACGCAUUUAUCCUCUACAAAGAGACCUCGAUCAGAGUCAACAAGAAGAAGAACUAUUCUCACCUGGACUUCCGAUGCGAGUUGGUGCGGCAACUGAUCGGAGGUUACAGCAGCCGGAAAAGAAGAAGUGUUCCAAUGGACGACAACUUCGUUCUGCAUAGAAACGUGGUGAUGGGACACGAGUCUGUGCACAUGGGCUACAAAAGACGGUGCAAAGUUCACCUGCAGAAAAAGGUGCGAAAGGAGACAGUGUACGGAUGUAAAAUCUGUAACAUUCAUUUGUGUAAAGACGGAUGUCACUUUCAGUAUCACAAGUAAAACUCAUAUGGGGGAGAAAAAAACAAUUCAUUGCACAUGGACUGUAAACAAGUUCUUUCUUAUACAUCUCAACUCUUAUUCAAGUGACAAAUGCUCAAAUUUACAAAAAGCAGGUAUAGGUGGACAGUUUAACAAAAAUGUUUUUGUACAGCAUCCAAAACGGCGCCACAAUGUUGCAUUUUUCCUUUUGAACCAACACAAACAUUCUGCUUUGUAGGAAUGUUAUGUAUCAGUGUUAAAUACAUCACUAGAUUUGAGCGAGAACUGUAGGUAUAGUCCAUACUUUACCCAAACGGACCAGGACUGCUGUGAACUGAAAAGUGUAUUGUACAAGUGAGCCAUGUGCAUUGAAAUGCUUAUUUCAUAAGUGAUAUAUAUUUUGGCCAGACUGGAUAGGCGCUCAAAGCAUUCAUCCGUUGUUUGAAGGGCUUCUAUAGCAGAGACUGGUCGGAUGGACUCAGCAAGACCUCAAACAGUGACCUCAACAACUGAAGUCUUUCCAACAAUCACACAGUGGCCAGUGUUAACUGAGGUGCCCCAUGAACAGAAUAGAACAAUAAUCGAGAAAUUUCCUGGUCAAAUGAAAUACGUUCCGUACAGAUCCUGUAUGAGUCAGAUUAAUUCAAUCCAAUGGUUUUGGAUUGCAAAGCCAUUUAAAAGCAAUGGCAUAUCAGGAGGUUUACAGAAUCUACACAGAACUGUUCUAUUCCUGUAAAAGACUUGGUUAUUAGUGCCCUCCUCUUCCUGUCAUCAACAUAAUGUUGCAGAUGACCUAACUCCCUUUCUAUGAUGUGACGUGGUGUGUAACUACACAAAAUAUUCAGGGACCAUAUCACAAGAGCAAAUGAUGGCAAUGAACGAUUGACAGCUGGAGUUGUAUGCACUCUUUUUCCACACGCACCAUAGGCAAGUGCAGCUGCUUUCUUUCUCCUGCUUUUGUCUUGUUCUGUUUAGUUGCCUGUAGCAGGGAGUUGCUAUAGCCAGAGGUGAGCUGCGAUGGAAUCGUAUGACACGAUCACAUGGGUUUGGAUGAAGAAGGCUCUUCCAUUGAAUCUCGUCCUUCCAAAAUGCCCAUCUUAAUAUCUUCUUGCUACAAUAUUAGAGCUGAAAUGGGUGCUUGCGCAACUGUGCAGCCUGGUUAUCUUUUACAGCUUUGGUUAGUCGCUGUGUAAAGAAAUACUUCCUGGAAUCUGUCUGAAAAUGACACUUUGCAAUCCUGUGACCUCUUAUCCUGCUACCUUGAUGUAUCUGAAAGCAUUGUUCUGGGUAUGCUUUCUCAAUCCCAUUCAGCAUCUUGUAUAUCUAUAUAAGGGCCCCUCUGAGAUGUCUCUUUUCCAAGACUAAAGAGCUCCAGAUCCGAGCUUAUCCCUGUAACAUGGGAUCAUCCACAUUGCCCUUUUCUGUACUGCCUCUGGGGGAUGGGCAGUCCUUAUGCUCCGGAGACUAGAACUGUACACUAUGCGCCAGAUGUAACUUCGCCAGAGCCCUCAUAAUAAUCAUCCUUGUAUAGCGCCUUUCAGGUCGGGAGGA